AUGACCUCCUCCGUCGACUCCAUCCGUCCGGACGACAGCGCUAGAACCGGCGCCCGCACUCCGACCGGCAUCGCCCAAGCUUCCUCGGCUGGCGCUGACGUAUCGGAGCUUUCCCCUCCUGGAUCCCAGACAAAGCAGGAGGCUGGUGCCUCUGUUGGUGAUAUUGGGACUGCGUUGGAACAGCACGGUGGACAGACUGCGGAGAAGACGGUUGACGCAAGUGUCGCCGCAUGGAAAAGCAAGCGUGCUCAAGAGGAGUACCAGCGUGCUAUGGAAUAUAUUAUUGAUAAAGAUUUCAAGCUAGAUGAAUUCGGGGACCCGUUCGAUGAACGUGACUUGGCAGAGAAGUUGCUAUGA